AUGGCGGGCGCCGAAUACUCGACGGCGCCCUACAUCACUCACAUCGUCAAGGGCUUGCCGCGCAGCUACAAUCUCAUGAAGAGGAUGAUGAUGGUGCCCGGCACGCGUGAGUCCCUUGACGAGGACACCAUCACCAACUACAUCCUUCAAGAUGAGGCGAUGCAGGAGGCCGAACAGCCCACAGAGCUCCUUCUGCAGGCGAACUACGUUGCAUCGACAAAGCUGAAUCAGCAGCAAGGGCAGCGCGGGAAGCCGGGCGGAAGUGGUAGCGGAGGUGGGCGGUUGACAAAGGACGUCGACGAGAAGCGGUCGACUCGGGACAAGGGUCGACGAGGUGGUGGUCGACGGCGGGAGUGCUGGGUCUGCGGCGACCCCGACCAUCUCUCCUUCGAGUGCCCCGACCGCGAUGACAGCGACGAGGACGACAACAGGGGAGGCCGUGGUCGAUCGGCCAGUCGUCGCCCCCGUCGAGAUGAGAAGCCGCGCAAGGAGAAACAAGCGUCGAAGAAGACGUCGUCGACGAAGGACGUCGAUAGCUUCAGCGGCAAGAGCCGAGGCGACGGGGAGGCGUCGUGCUCGAUGGUCGGCGUCGUGGAGCCGACGGUCUCGCUGGCGCCGGAGGCUGGCGAGGACUUCCAGGCAGUGGCGGCAGCUGUUCAGGCCAACCCGAUGGCGGUGCUGCUCGACAGCGGGUGCUCCCACCACCUGAUGGGGACGAAGUCGGUCUUCGUCGACAUGGGGCCGAGCGACGGGGUGAAGCACGUGUGUGGGUUCAACAGGGCAUUGCAGCCUGUCGAGGGUCGCGGAACCGUCGCUCUGCAAGGGGAGGCUGGGAAGCGGGUCCUCAUCCCCGACGGCGAUGGCGAUGAGAUGCUGCUCGUCGCCGCGACUGGGGAGGUGCUCGGUCGAGCACGCUACACCGGACGGGUACUCUGCACCGACCUUCGCCCCUGCUCGACGCAGUCGCCGUCGACCGAGGUGGUGGCUCUGCGGACGAUCAUCUCAGCGACGAAGACGACCCCCGACAGGAUGCAUGCGCGGCUUGCACACGUCAGCGUCGACACGAUCAAGAGCUCGGCAAAGCAUGAUGUUGCUACUGGGCUCGACAUCAGGUUGUCGACCGGAGCAGACCCGCCGUGUGUCUCGUGCGUCGGAGGAAAGCUGGCGCGGCACACCUUCCCUGCCAAGGGCUCGGACGCAGCAGAGGCGCUGGCUGUCGUGCACAUUGACUUGUGCGGGCCAUUUCGAGUAGCUGCCAAGGAUGGCAGCUUGUACUUUCUGCUGCUGAAGGAUCGCCAUACUCGAUUUGUAUGGGCAAUGCCGGUCGCUAGGAAGAGCGACGUGCUGCGGGAGUUUCAGCGGUGGCUGGCGCUAGUGGAACGACAGACGAAGAAGUCGGUGCUGUCGCUUCGCUCCAAUCAAGGAGGGGAGUUCCUUGGGAAGGCGUUCACCGACUUCGUCGACGGGAAGGGCAUCGUCCACGACCUGACGUGCCCCUACACUCCGCUGCAGAAUGGCAUGGCUGAGCGGGAGAUGCGCACGGUCGUCGAGUCCGUACGGACGAUGCUACUGCACAUGGGCGUGCAGCAUCACUGGUGGCACCUUGCUCUACGACAAGCGGUCUGGGUGCGCAACUGCUUGGAGCGGUCGAUGACGCCGCCGGGAACGACUCCGUACCAGCUGCUGACCGGGCAGAGGCCCGACCUUACGCUAGCACGGGGCUGGGAGGUGCUCGACCUGACCAACAACAAGGUGGUCACGUCGGUCGAGGUGAUCUUCUACGAGACGCUGUCGCUGGAGGUGUGGAAGGCGAAGUAUGGGCCGGCGUCGGAGCGAACGCAGGCGCACCCGCCGACGGACACCUCGACGGCGACGGUUCCCCUGCUCGCCGAAGUCGACGAGCCUGCUGAUGAAGAUGUUGUGGAGAUUCUUCCACCUCCCCCUGUUCUUGCUCCUCCCUCUCCCGUCGCCGAUCUGCCUGCGUUGAGACCUGUGUCGGCCACCGAUGAUGAGGGGAGCCUUGAGGCGUCGCCAGUGGCGCCGGCCAGUGGCAUCGCCGGCGGACGACAAGGCGCCAAGCUCGUCGACCACGAUGGGAAGCCGUCGACGAGAGGGGAGCACCACACAGGGGAGCCGGUCGAACAGGAGGAAUCGGCAGGGGUACAGUCGACAGGGGAGCGUCAGCCGGAGCAGUCGACAGGAGAGUUGUCGAAGGCAGCAGCAGAGGAACAGCCGGUCGAAGGGUCGAAGCAGCUGGUCGACGACGUUCUCGUUGAUGAGAAAGGGGAGCUGUCGGCGGGUGAGUCCACCGACAAUGAUGUAAUGGAAGUGCCGAUCACGAAGCCCGAGCUGCGACGUACAGGUCGAGCUCGACGGCCGCCGGAGCGGUUGUGCUUACAUGCCUGCUUACCGCCAGCUACCUUCACCACCGUGUAA